UACGAAGAACUACAAUGGCUUUAAGAUGUUUUUCUACGUUGCGGGAUGUAUGUAUAUUUUGUACCUUGCACUACUGGUGCUGAGAGCGUACACGGAAUUAAGAUCGAUGCCAUUCUUUGAUAUGAGGUUAAAGUUCCUUACACUACUGAUGCUGUUCGUACUAUCUAUUUCUUUAAGCGUCACUACAUGUCGAUUUGGUUUUGGCAUUUUGGAGGAUAAUUUUGUCGCUUCACUUAACACUACAUACCGUAGCUCUGCACAAUUCAUGUGCUUCUACGGCCUUCUUAAUUUUUACUUGUUUACGAUGGCUUAUGUGUAUUCACCAAAUGAACAUUUUGCUCAAGCGGAUAUACACGUGACCAAAGACAAUCCAGCCUUUUCGAUGAUUAACGAUUCAGAUGAAGAAGUCGUCUAUGGCUCGGAAGAUGAGUCGAGACGACCUCUAACAGUUGGUACUAAAAACGAUUAUGACAGCGAUUAAUAAUAGCUACGGUGCGAUGGACUAUUCGAGAAGUUGUUUUUUCUAAACGUUAUUGAAAUAUAUUCAACACAGAUAUCGUAACAAAUUAUUAAGUAUGUAAUUCAUAGGAAUAUUUUAUUCAUUUCUACCAAUAUAAGUUGAAAAUGUAAUUUACAAUCAGAAAGUUGAAAUAAAUGCAUUAAUUUAA